AUGAGUUCAAUAUCCGAACUGACAAAGAGAUCUCGGCGAAGUGCGCCGAAAGUCAAAACUGGUUGUCUUACGUGCAACACCGGCCGCCACUGCGACGGAUAUCCGUCCGACCACAUGCCUCUGAUGCAGAAGCGGGUUUGGAGGCCAGCCUCGAUUGACUCAUAUUGCAUCCCAUUCAAAGUACCUGGUAGCCAGGCCGAUAGGCAGCUGUUACACUAUUACUGCUGUCAGGCUGCAGAGAGCUUAUCGAGUUAUACCGAUCCGACCCUGUGGACCACUUUAAUCCUGCAAAGAAGCCAUCACGAGCCCGUCAUCCGUAAUGCACUGGUGACCUUAAGCUCUCUUUACCAAGAUCACCUAUCUGGGGAGUUAUCUUGCUACAACAAUGACAAUCUUCCACCUAUGAGCAUUUUACAGCGCAUCGCCAAGUGUCAUCGACAGCUGAGGAUAUAUCUUUCCUCCCCAGGUGCCUUGCCGGAAGUCGCGCUUACCUGCAGUGUUCUGUUUUAUGCCUUUGAGGCUCUCAUCGGCAAUACCCAGCAAGCAAUAAAACAUCUCGACCUUAGCCUGACGCUCUUACAACGAUGCCAGAAGGACUCCUCUCCAUCGACGUCCAAGCCCGAUGAUAUCGUUCCCCAUCUGGCAGCUUUGCUCUCAUGUCUGGACGUGCAAGCCAGCAUUUACGAUAAACAACGGGGACUUCCUAGACUCGUCUUGACAUCCCCCAGCGAAAUAUGCGGCACGCACAGCGUUGUACCCGAGGUUUUUAUGGAUGUCGCUCAGGGCGAGGCUGUGCUUCUAAAGCUUCAGAAUUGGAUAGCCAGACACCUCGCAAUUAAUGCCCGAGUCAAGCAUAAACCGUUAGCAGAAAUACCUCCAGACGUACUACAUGAGAGAAGGGUUCUAGAAGGGCAGCUUCAACGAUAUCUGACUGCGGUAGAUAAGCUAUAUCAGGGUAGCGAAGAAAAAGUCGCUAAGCGUAUACUGUUGUUGCGUAUACAAGCACGAAUGUACUACGGCGUGAUCAACUAUCGUUUCCCUUUGCCAUGCUCUGGACAGUCCAGCAUCAUCCAUUCACUAUCGCCGUUAACCGUUCGGUGCCCUCCAGGUCCCGACGAUUGGAUUGAUACUGCACUUUCGGAGAUAUCAGUUCUUCUUGAUACCUCCCCCCAAUAUACUGCUUACAGAAGUCGGCCCUUUACAUUAUCGACCCAGCUUGUUGGGGGCCUGCUACAUGCCUGUCUCAGGACGACUCGUCAGGACACAUUGAAGACUGCGCUGUCCCUCCUGCAACACCCCAACCUCCCAAGCCGAGACGGGCUGUGGGAUGCUAAAGCGACCGAAUCUGCCAUUCGCAGCCUUCUGGCGCAGUUCAGCGCAGAGCAUGAUGCAGAUGACAGACUCUUAUCCAUCUUGAUCUUAGAUGAAUCGGAUUAA